AUGAUGGUCGGUAGUGGUGGCCGCUGGUUUGGCGAUGAACAUUCAGAGCACUAUUUCCUCUCUUCAAAGGCCUUUGAUUUCCUCAGGCUGCGGAACGGCCUCAGACAGCGGCCUUCCGUACCCAGGAAAGCAUCCGCGUUGGUUGAAAGCACCGCAUUGUUUCUGGAUGGCAGGAGCCAGCCACACCCCGUUUCCUCCUGCACCUUUGCCUCGGCGGACGUCCCAGGAAUGGAGCCGGCUCGCCUCUGGCUCUCCGUCCCCUUCUGCCUCAUGUAUGCGGUCUCUGUGCUGGGGAACGGGGCCCUGCUGUGCGCCACCUGCACAGAGCGCGGCCUCCACCGGCCCGUGUACGUGUUCCUCUCCAUGCUGGCCACGACUGACCUGCUGCCCUCCACCACCACUGUCCCAAAGACGCUGGUCUUCUGGUUCCAGGCCGGGGAGAUCUCCUUUGAGGCGUGCCUAGCUCAGAAGUUCCUCAUCCGUGCGAGCUCUGUCCCUGAGUCUGCCAUCCUGAUGGCCAUGGCCUUUGACCGGUACAUUGCCAUUUGUGACCCGUCGCGGUACACUGUUGAGCUAAGCACUUCUGUCAUCAGGAAAAUUGGAAUAACAGCGACAACCAGAAGCUUCUGCUUAGUUUUCCCUGCCACCUUUCUUGCCAAGCGCCUGACUUUCUGCCAACGCAGCACUCUUCCCCACACAUACUGUAAGCACAUGGGCAUUGCCCGAUUGGCUUGCUCAGACAUCACCACCGACAUCUGGUACGGCUUUGCGGUAGCCCUGCCGGCAAUAGGUCUCGACGCUUUGCUGGUUGCUGCAUCGAAUGCCCUGAUCCUCAGAGCCGUCUUCCGGGUCUCUUCUAAGGCGGCACGAAGGAAGGCUCUGGGCACCUGUGGCUCCCGUCUCCGCACCAUACUGAUGUUCUACACAGCUGCAUUUUUUUCAUUUUUCGCCCAUCGCUUUGGCCAUCAUAUUCCUGGCUAUAUUCACAUCCUUCUGGCCAACUUAUACGUCCUAAUUCCCCCCGUGCUGAAUCCCACUGUUUAUGGGGGCUACACUACUUUGUGA